AUGGAAUAUUUUGAACGAUUUCUAGAACAUACAUCAUCCAACGACCUAAAUGUGGAUGAAUGUUUAAUUACUUAUAAUGGAACUGAAGACUUAAAUAUAUUUUCGAUAUAUAAAGAAUGUUAUCAUUGCUCUGAAUACGAACAUUUCAAAACAUUAUCACAAUCUUCGGCAUUUAUAUACAAAAUAGUGCCCAAUCGAAGAUGGAAAAUACGAUUUGCCACAAAUGAAUCGAUAAUUUGUAACAUAACACCAAAUUUAGGUGAAUUUGGUGAAUAUGAAUUACAAAUUUCAAAUGCUACCAGUUGUCAUUUUAAAACUUUAAAACAGCCAGUCAACAUUUAUUACCCUUUAUUUGCAAUUCCAAUUCUAUUAUUUCUAAGUAUCUUUAUUCCAUUCGCUUAUACAUCACUGAGAGAAUUAUUAAGAAAGAAAGAUUCCGAACCACCAACGAGUGUACAGAAAACUAAAUCGAAACGUGUGACAGCGAUUGAUACAUUUCGAGGAAUAUGUAUAGUUAUGAUGAUUUUUGUAAACGAUGGCGCUGGAGCCUAUCGAUUUUUGGAACAUGCUGUUUGGAAUGGUCUACAAUUUGCUGACGUUAUAUUUCCAUGGUUUAUGUGGAUAAUGGGAUUUUGUAUACCAAUUUCCAUUCAAUCGCAAUUAAAAAAACGUGUUAAUCGUUUUCAGAUAUUUGCUCAAAUCUUACAGCGAUCAAUUACAUUAUUUAUUAUUGGACUUGGACUAAAUACGGUAGCAAGUGGAGCCAAUGUGGAAACAAUUCGUAUUUGUGGUGUAUAUCAACGUUUUGCAGUUUGCUAUUUUGUUGUGGGUGUAAUUAUGGUUAUAUUUACAAGACGUGAUUAUGGUCCGCCAAAAUCAACAUUAGCCGAGACAUGUGAAGAUAUUCUAAAAAUUUUGCCACAAUGGAUUGUUAUUGGUAUUUUGGUCGCCGUACAUACGUGCGUCAUUUUUCUGAUUGAAUUUCCAGGAUGCCCCAAAGGAUAUUUAGGGCCUGGUGGAUUUCAUGAGAAUGGUGAAUACUUUAAUUGCACCGGUGGUAUAACUAGAUACAUUGAUGAAUUCCUCUUAGGAAAAGAUCAUAUGUAUCAAUGGCCAGAAAUAAUAACGAUCUAUAAAGCUCCUACCUUUGAUCCAGAAAAUAUUCUGGGAUGCUUAACAUCAAUAUUCCAAGUUUUUCUGGGUGUCCAAGCAGGAGUUACCUUACGUACUCAUAAAUCAAAAUAUGGUCGUAUUAAUCGAUGGAUAAUAUGGGGAGUAAUAACUGGUAUUGUGGGUGGAAUUUUAUGUCAAUUCAAAAUUGAAGAUGGGUGGAUUCCAAUUAAUAAAAAUUUAUGGUCGUUAUCAUUUGUACUUGUUACAUCUUCGCUGGCGUACUUCCUAUUUGCAUUUUGCUAUUACUUAAUUGAUGUGCUCAAAUUAUGGUCUGGUCGACCAUUUUUAUAUCCAGGUACAAAUGUGACGAUAAUAUUUGUGGGUCAUAUGGUUUGCUAUCAAAUGUUUCCAUUUCAUUUUUCAUUCAGUGGAAUGAAUACACAUUUUAUUUUGCUUCUUGAAAAUUUAUGGUCAACAAUCAUUUGGGUUAUUAUCGCAUACUGUUUGUGGAGAAAUGAAUUUUUCUUAUCCAUUUAAAAGUUUGAAAAUUUAUAUUUUACCCAUUGCUCAGAACUAAGUCUUCCAAAUAUGUAAAAGCUAUUUAACAGCAAAAACAAAAAUCGAAGACCAAAACGAACGAUAAAUUAAAACUAAAUCUUUCACAAUGUGUAAGAAAUUUUUCCUAUAUGCCAAAACACGUCGCCGUUUAAGAA